AUGAUUGCACUUGGGACUCCACUGGGGACAGACAAUGAAAGCCUGACUGGAGACUUUCUCCUGCUAGGUUUCCCUGGAUCCCAAGCCCUUCAGCUUUCUCUCUUUGUGCUUUUUCUGGUGAUGUAUGUCCUCACAGUUGGGGGCAACAUGGCCAUAUUGAUGCUGGUGACCACAUCUCACCAGCUGCAUACUCCCAUGUACUUUUUCUUAAGCAACCUCUCUUUUCUGGAGAUCUGGUAUACCACAGCUACCAUUCCCAAAGCCCUAGCCAUUCUGUUGGGCAGAAGCCAGUCCAUCUCAUUUAUUGGCUGCCUCCUGCAGAUGUACCUUGUCUUCUCACUGGGCUGCACAGAAUAUUUCCUCCUGGCGGCCAUGGCCUAUGACCGCUACCUGGCUAUCUGCUACCCUCUGCACUAUGGGACCAUCAUGGGCGGCAUGUUUUCAGCCCAAUUGGCUGUGGGAUCCUGGAUCUGUGGCUUCCUGGCCAUUGCAGUGCCCACAGCUCUCAUCAGUAGUUUGUCAUUCUGUGGUCCCCAAGCCAUCAACCACUUCUUCUGUGACAUUGCACCCUGGAUUGUUCUGGCCUGCAGCAACACACGUGUAGUGGAGCUAGUGGCCUUUGCCAUUGCAUUUCUGGUCAUCUUGAGCUCCUGCCUCAUCACGCUGGUUUCCUAUAUCUACAUUAUAAGCACCAUCCUCCGGAUCCCAUCGGCCAGUGGUAGAAGCAAAGCCUUCUCCACCUGCUCCUCACACUUGACAGUGGUGCUCAUCUGGUAUGGUUCCACCAUCUUCCUGCAUGUACGCACUUCUAUCAAAGAAGACCUAGACCUUUCCAAGGCCGUGAGUAUCCUCAACACUGUGGUCACUCCUGUCCUAAACCCCUUCAUCUACACUCUCCGCAACAAGGAAGUUAAGGAAAGUCUGCUGAAGAAAUGGAAGGGGAAAUAAACUGCUGUCAACAUGCAGCUCUAUGACUUUCUGCCUGGAGAGUUUCCAAGAAAGAGUGUGGAGGAAGUGAAUCAAAUCUUCUUGGAGAUGAGGGAGAACUGACA